CAUUUUUACAUGGGUCCAAAAACUAGUAACGAGUAAACCAUAGAAGUCAUCAAACUGUUGCUAGUUGCUAAUAACGAUAAGCAACCGGAACUAGUCCAUUUUAUGGUGGUCGGAGCAACGGUAAAUCCUAUCAUGGAAAGCGCGCAGGUUGAAGAAGCAUUGAAAGUCUUAAAUUCAUCUCUCUCUCAAAUCAAAUGGCGCCUUAAAUCUUCAUCAAAGCUUCGUCUUGAAAUAGAUGUUAUGGCAUUGUGCUCAGGGAUGAGGCCUCUUGUGAUGGUAGACUAUGGUGGAAAGAUGCCUGAGCUGCAAGAGCACUUGUGUUCACUUCUUGAGGUUAUUCACAAGGAGUCUACUAUUUUCGAGCAGUUGAGAGUGAUGGUUAUUGAAGAUAUGAUCUACCUGCUAAAUGUUAGGGAAUUUUCUGAAUAUGUCAGCUGGAGUUUGAGCGCGGAUGCUAAACAGCAUUUCGUGGACCUUGAACAGGAUCCUCCAAAGAUGAUAUCAACAGCUCUUCAGAGCUCAGCUAUCAAGGACUUGGUGUCGGUUCAAAAUUUUUUCUCUUUGGUGUUUACUAGUGAUGGUGUUAGUACUGUUGCUUUGCAUGGACAAAAUGAAGACCGACAGCAAUAUGCUAAAUCUCCAUCUAAACCUUGCCAGUUUUUGGAGGUUCUUGAUCUCAGCAGUUGCAUGCAAGACAAUCAGAUAACAAUACCGACCCUAAAUGGCUGGCUUCUUGGAUAUCCAGUGGUAUACCUGUUUGGCAAAGACCACAUAUCAGACGCUAUCUAUAAUCUCUCAACCAAGCCUCUUCGCCUUUACAAAGUUCUUGUCAACAGAAAUGCCUCGUGCAGUAAUGUGUCACCAUUGGACGAGCUAAUGAGUUUUUCAGUGCCAUACGACUUGAGCAUGGAAGGUCGCAAUGAACCAUGGGCAGAAGCGUUUUGGCUUCAGGUGCAAGCGAAACAUGAAAAAUGCAAACAAGUCUGGAGUUCCUUGCAAAUGGAGGUGAAUGAAUGUUAUCCACAGGCAAUUGCAUUGUAAGGCAGAAUAUUCAUCUUGGGAGAGUUAUAAAUCAGCAGAGUAAUUGAGUCAAACAUGAAUCCUAUUGUCACUAACAAUUGUGCCCUACUUUUGAGUUUUUGAGCAUUGAAAUGAAGGCCAUUAUCAGUUUAGGUCAUACUAAACUGUCAAAUUUAUAAGUCA